CCAACGCACUUCUCCUCUUCUUCUUCCCUUUCCUUUUCUUUUCCCUCCCCCUCCUCCUCCCCCCUCUCUUUCACCACCAUCUCCAUGCCCCUCUUCCGCCGCAAGCACAAGCCGUCUGCUGCCGCGUCUGCAUUCCGAUCCGUCGAGCACCUGCCAGCGGCCACCCCUGGCGUCUACCCCGACCCGGACGAUCUCGACCGUCGUUUCUCCGUCUCCACCUCCCGCGAGCCUCUGCCUCCUCUGCCUGUCACCAACGCUGAAACAGCCCCUCCAUCCAACACCACCACCUCGACUCCUACCACGACCCCUCUUCUCAACAGCAACAACAACAAAAGCAAUACCAACCUCCCCCAGGUGCACCAUCCUGCGCAGUACCCUCUUCGCCGCUCCAAGAGCCAGCGUCAUACCAGCCCUCGAGGCAACAAUAGCGACGAUUCUCCGUCGUGGCCUCUACCAAACGAGCCACUGCAGCCCGUGGAGCCAGAACCUCGCAAAUCCCGUCGCAGUCUCUUUUCUCUCCAUUCGUCAGCCGCCGCUCGUGACCAGUCCAUUCUCCCACGCAGCCGGUCGGUGAAGAAGAUCACUGGUCGACCCAGUCCGAAACAACAGCGACCGUUGUCGAUAGACACCACGUCGGAACAUCGCCCAACCACGGCCUGGUCGAGGGAGCAUGAACUAGACGCCCCGUGGCCUAAGGUUCCUCAGCCGCUCCGUCAAGCCCCACCGCAGCAGCAGCAGCCGCCGUCCCAGCUUCAGCCAGGAGCUCAGCCAGAGGCUCAGCCGGGAGUUCAGCCGGGAGCACAGCCUCAGCCCCAAUCUCAAGCUCAGACGCCUAUUCGGAGUGCUGUAGACGCUCCGUUUCAGCCCCAGACGCGGCCCCAAUCCCAACCGCAGCCGCAGCCGCAGCCGCAGUCACGGUCUCAAGACCGAUCACCGAUGCCGCCGAGCACAGGACCAGCUCUCGACACCCGAGCCCCUCGUUCACCGCAUCCUUCCAUUCAACGAGCCAACACCGACAGCGGUCUGCUCGACCUUGUGCCCCGUCCGUCGCCGGUGGAGCCGCCCCGACCGCCCGCUGACCUGGCCCCAACACAGCCCCAAUUGGACCCCACGGUCGGAGCUCGUCCCUCCUCCCGCCAAUCCCUCGGGCCCCCGUCACCGUUACGCCCCCUCCCUAUCCAUCUCGACACCAUGGCCAGUGGCAUGCAUGAACGUCCAUUCGCGCCCACGGGACAGGCUCCUGCCCAGGGGCAUGCUCCUUAUGCUCCGGAAGCUGGCUUCCGGAACCCUGCUGGACCGCCCGCAGCGGAGCCGGGACGGAACACGCCGAUUUCCCGCGACGGCCGGCGUGAACCUCGCGAGGAGACGAGCGAGAUCGACGUGCGAGCGUUGGUCCAGAAGCAUGACGAACUUCAGGCCAAAUACUCCAAGGUCAAGCGAUACUAUUUCGAAAAGGAGGCGCAGGUGCAGCAUCUUCAGAAUACAGUAGCUCACCAGCGUAUGGCGGUGUCCCGCACUGUGUUGGAUGACAACGAAUAUGCCAACCGGUUCGGUCGCCUGGACGGGGCGAUCAAAGACCUGGCGUUUGCCAUUCGCAGGGACUGGGCGACGCUGCCGUCGUGGCUCAGCGGGUACGUCAAUGACGACGCUCAUACCACGGGCACCAAGGAGAUGACAGCGAUCGGUCGAGCGGUGAUGAGCCGGUGGCUGGUGGAGGAGCUGUUCGAGCGGUACUUUCACCCGGCGCUGGAGCCCACGUUCAGCCGGCAACUCAAGAGCAUCGAGAUGAAUCUGCGCCGGCAGCAGGUCAAACCGAGCACGGAGGAAGACAAGGAGAAUGCGAUCGCGCGGAUCUCCAAUUGGCGGCGCACCACGCUGGACGGGCUCACGAACCUGCAGGGUCCGCAGGCGGACGAGUACCGGGCGCAGCUCAUCGACCAGCUGAUUAGCAGCCUGGUAGCCACGUUGGUGGCGCACCUGCGCGAGCCGCCACCGGGGGGGCUGGACAACGGGGCGCGGAUGAUCGUGGAGAACGCGGUGGGUAUUGCAGAGAAGAUCCCUCUGGAGUCGCGCGACGUGUGCGUGGAGUAUAUACCUCCGGGGACGGUGGUCCAAGAAGGGACGAUGAAGGUCGAGACGGGACUGCCGCCACUGACCCAUGUACGGGCGGAAUCGAGCGGGUCCGUCGAGUUGGACCGGGAGGGAGCAGCCGAAGAGAAUGACGAGGGGGCCGAGUCGGGUCCGCCGCAGCGGGAGCAGCGCAUGCGAUCGGUGUUCAGCUCGCUAAUGGGACGCCGACCAGGACCGUCGGCGCCAGCAGGAGAGCCACGGGUGAUGGAGGAGCGCGAGCGUGGACCGGGACGAAUCCGAUUUGCAUCAUUCGUGACGGCAGAGGUGAGAGGACGGGGACCGAUGAAUGUGCUGGUGAAGGCGCCUGUAUAUAUGGUGGAGUGAGCAGGGAGCAGCAAGCGAAGCAGCAAGCGAAGCAGCAAGCAAAGCAGCAAGCAAGCAGCAAGCAUAUGAUUGUAAAUGUAGGAUGAGCCGAUUAUCUAGUAAGUGAAAUCGUUAUACAUAAAAUGCAGAGAGAUAACUUGACCAUGAUGU